GUCACUUCUUUUGCGUUUACACAAACAAACUCUCUCUUUCUUCACACAAAGUUUCCAUCUUUUUUUUUGUCCUGAGAAUGAAGAUGAAGCUCUUCGUUAUAUCUUUCCUCCUCGUCUCUCUUCUCCUCACAUCUUCAAUGGCCGGUUCAUAUACACACGGCGACGAUUUCUGCGAGGCCAAGUGUACGGAGAGGUGCUCGAAGGCGGGGAGACAGGACAGGUGCCUUAAGUAUUGCAACAUAUGUUGCGAGAAAUGCCAUUGUGUUCCGUCGGGCACGUACGGCCACAAGGACGAAUGCCCUUGUUACCGCGACAUGAAGAACUCCAAGGGCGACCCCAAAUGCCCUUAAUCAGAAACCACUUUCCCUAGCUAAAUUCAUAACAUUUCACGCAUAUUUACUCUUAUGUAAGUGUUUGGUUGAAGUGCUUUAAUUAGAUCGAUGGACCGACGGUGUCAAAAUGUUACAAACCAGAGAUUUGUGACAUCGGGGCAUUAUUCCCAUGCCUUUUCUCUUGUUCUCUUCCUUCUAA